AUGAUUAAAUCUGGACUGAUUAAGAGGAACAGGGAAAUAAAAUCAUGCAAAUAUUGUUACUCACAUAAAAAGAAGUGUGAUAAAAAGAAACCUUGCUCUACAUGCAGUGGACUUGAUGUAAUUAAUGAGUGCGUGUAUGGUUUUAAUAAAGCAGAAUUGGGCAAGCAGGAGACCAACAUUUUACCCUCAGCUUCUUCGCUUCUAAUUCAGGCAAGGCCGUCUCAAACACAGUCCCAUCGGUUGAGUAGUAACCAUGGAGAUCAAGUGAAAGUAAGAAAGUUACAAGAUCCCAGGAAAGAUAUUAAUUUUCAGAAAUCUAAAUAUUUAUAUCCAUUCUUUACUAAUUCAAUUAAUGCAAAAAUAUUAAAUGUAGAUACAGUCUACAAUGAAUUAACCUCUACAAACGAAUAUUAUCAAAAUGAGCUAGCCAAGUUCGACAAAUUCUCUAUUGCAGAUAUGACAUUUGAAGAUUUACUUGAUUUAUUUCCAACUUCUGAGGAAAUUGCAAUGGCCCAAAUUGAAAUAUAUUUUGAUACUGUACAUCCAAUCAUUCCUAUAGUAGAUAGAAGCAUUGUUGUUGACAAACUUUCCAAAAUUUAUAAACAAUUGGCGACACGACAGCCUGUCUUGACAUGUGACUCAGUUUUGAUAAUGGCAAUAUUCUUUUGCUCUGCGUUUUCUAAUGUGGCUGCUGGUAUUAUCCCGGACUUAUUACUCUGUAACAGAUACUAUAGUGGAUAUCGUUACUUACUGGAUCAUUCGGGCUUCCCACUCAGACCUGAUAUAGAGUCAUUACAGGCGUUUACCAUUGUUAAUUUUAUUACAGAUCCCAACAUGACUGAGGCAAUUGGUUAUUCUUCCAUGUUAGUUAGAAUUGGUCAACAAUUAUGUUUAGAUAAGUUAGAGUUUAUUCCCAAAAAUGAAACUUUAAUAAUCCUAUGGAACUACUUGUUAUAUCUUGAGGGUUCUGCAUCAGUAGUUUACGGUUUUCCAUUUACCACAUCAAAGAAACUUCUCUCCAGUUCUGUGCGACAGCUUUCAUUGAAGUUCAGGCGAUCCAAAUUCAAAUCUAUCAUUCCCUAUGAAUUCUCUGCUGGCAGAUUCAAAAUCAACGAAUUCUUUUAUUAUAUCCUUAAAGAAUAUGAGAAUGAAAGUACUAAUUCAAAUGAACAACAUAGUAUGCUAAGUAAAUUAAAUGAAGAUAUACACACAACGCUCUAUCUGGACAUCCAAAAAUUAAAGAGUCAUCUACGAAAAACAGAGUCUAAAGACGGAGAAUACUUUGCUAGUACUUUAAAUAUUUUCUUAUAUCGAUUACACUUGCGUUACUAUGCGUUAGUGUCGAGUUUACAGAUUCCUUCAAAUUUAAACUUUUCUUUCUCAGAACAAAAGGAUAAUAAUGACGAUGAUAGGAAAGAUAUUACUUGGAUUCUUAAUGCAAAGCAACAGUUCUCUAAAGAAGUGAUCCCUUUAUCCUUAUUGUUGCUUAUUUAUACGUACAAAAGAUUAGUCCAGGAGAGUUCAGUUAAAUUUGCCUGGUAUACCCGAGGUUCUACUGUUAUGCAAUAUUUGUUUAUCGUAUUGCAAGCACUGUAUCAAAAUCCGACUGAGAAUUAUAAAAUAUCUGAGAUGCUGGAUAAUAUAGAGGUUAUAUUGGAUCCAGAUAGUUUGCAAAUAAUAGAAAGUGAAAGUUUUUUUUACAAAUUUGUACUCAUCGAAGAACUGAUGACCUUAAUGGAAUUAAAGUUGGUACCACUGUGGAAAAAGGAAGAAUUAGGUAAGUUCAAACUAGUUAAGAUGGUUAAAGAAAAAGUCUGGUUAGCCCAUGGCACGCUAAUUAAGGAGAAUAAAGAUUUGAAAGAUAAAUUGAAUAAAUUGCCAUUGUUUUCCAGAGGUUGUGAACAUAUCCAAAAUUUGAGUGGUAUUAAUUUUGAUGAAUGCUUAAAACAAUUAGAAGUUGAGAAUCACGUAUUGGAUGCAGAAAAGGUUUUGAUUGAUUGGUUAUCUGAGUUUCAUAAAUAG